ACCUUUCUCUUCUUAUAAAUACAGGCGCAGAGCUGGGGUCAGGAAGCAGUGAGCCCAGGAAGCCUCAGACUGUCUCUGCUUGCCCCCAGGAAGAUGAAGGUCUCCACAGCUGCCCUCUCCUUCCUCAUCCUGGCUUUUGCCUUUGGAUCCCAGGGCCAGCUCAUCCAGGAAUUAAGAAAACCCAUCCUGACGGACCUUAGAGAUAGACUCCAUACUCACCAAGGCUUUCAUCGUCCCUCUGACUGCUGCAUCACCUACACCGCUCGAAAUAUCCGAUGUGCGUUCGUGGAUCAUUAUUUUGAAACGAGCAGUGGGUGCUCCCAACCAGGUGUCAUCUUUAUCACCAAGAAGGGGCAACGUGUGUGUGCCAACCCCCUCAUUAAGCAUGUUCAGGAUUGCGUGAACAACCUGAAGCUAGACUUGCUGCAUAAAGAAGCUGGAAAAAUAGCACUUGCUUGAGGAAAACGGGCCCAAGGUGCCACCCCGCCUCCAAAUCUCUUGUCCUAAGUACCUCCUGGGAUUUUCUCGGCCUGAAAUAAAAAAAUUUUUUAAAUAACA